GACACACAGCUGGAUGAAAAGGAUUGUACAGCUUUCCUCAGUGCAGGCACGUAGAUGAGCUUGCUAACCCCUCCCUGUGUUCUGUAACCACAAUAAAAGCUGAACCUUGAACGUAGAAGCCUUGAUAAGACAGUCACAGAUCAGUCCCAGUUGUUCUCACAGAGAGGUGAAAUGGCGCAGAAAGGUAUUCAGCUGGACCGGGAAACCUUUUCUUGUUCGAUCUGUUUGGAUCUCCUGAAUGAUCCGGUGACUACUCCCUGUGGACACAGCUACUGCAUGAACUGUAUUAAAAGCCACUGGGAUGGAGAGGAGCGUAAGUACAGCUACAGCUGUCCUCAGUGCAGACAGACCUUCACACCGAGGCCUGUCCUGCUGAAAAGCACCAUGUUGGCAGAUUUAGUGGAGCAACUGAAGAAGACUGGACUCCAAGCUGGUCCUGCUGAUCACUGCUAUCCUGGACCUGAAGAUGUGGCCUGUGAUUUCUGCACCGGGAGAAAACUCAAAGCACACAAGUCCUGUCUGGUGUGUCUGGCCUCUUACUGUGAUCAACACCUCCAGCCUCAUUAUGAUGUGGCUCCGUUAAGAAAACACAAGCUGGUGGAGCCGUCCAAGAAGCUCCAGGAGAACGUCUGCUCUCGUCACGAUGAGGUAAUGAAGAUUUUCUGCCGUACUGAUCAGCAGCUUAUCUGUUCUCUCUGUUUAAUGGAUGAACAUAGAGGCCACGACACAGUCUCAGCUGCGGCAGAAAGGACUGAGAGGCAGAAAGAGCUCGAGGGGAGUCGACUAAACAUCCAGCAGAGAAUCCAGGACAGAGAGAAAGAUGUGUGGACACUUCAACAGGAAGUGGAGGCUAUCGAUCGCUCUGCUGAUAAAGCAGUGGAGGACAGCGACAAGAUCUUCACAGAGCUGGUCCGUCUCCUGGAGAAAAGAAGCUCGGAUGUGAAGCAGACGGUCAGAUCCCAGCAGAGAAGUGAAGUGAGUCGAGUCAGAGAGCUUCAGGAGAAGCUGGAGCAGGAGAUCACUGAGCUGAAGAGGAAAGACUCUGAGCUGAAGAAGAAGCUCUCACACACAGAGGAUCACAACCAGUUUCUACAAAAGCACUCCUGGUUCUCACAGCUCAGUGACUUCACAGAGUUACCCAGCACCGAUAUCCGUCCCUUGCGCUACUUUGGGGACGUGACAGCAGCCGUGUCAGAAGUCAGAGAUAAACUACAGGAGGUUCUGAGAGAGGAAUGGCCAAAAGUUUUACGGACAGUGACCGAAGUAGAUGCUUUAGUGUCACAACAACUCAAUCAAUCAAUCCCUCAAAGUCCGUGGCCACGUACAAACAUUCAAAGAACUCCACGAUCCACCCAAGUCUCGACUUCACAGCCCCAAACCCCCUUCUGGAAACAGAGGCAGGAACAGACUGAUGCUAUCAUACAGCUUGAGAGGAUGCAUAUCAGAGAACCUCCCGGGUGGGGUACACUCUCUGAGGUCAUCGAAAAGUGUGGCAGGAUGCAUAUCAGAGAACCUCCCGGGAGGCGUUCAAGACCUCCAAAGUCUGAGGCUAUCACACAGCAUGACAGGAUACAUGGCAGAGAACCUCCCGGGAGGCGUUCAAGAGCUCCACAGUCUGAGGCCAUCUCACUGGAAGACAGGAUGCAUUUUAGAGAACCUCCCAGGCAUUGGAGUCCUCCAAACUUCCUACGUAAUCGAGGUUGUGCAGUUACCGAAGCAUAUGUUUCACUGUCACAACAACUAGAUCAAUCAACUCCAGGAUCCUCCCAAGUCAUGACUUCAGAGGAACUGUUGGCCAUCACACUGGAUGGGAAAAAAAAAGCGUCAAAAAAACGAUAAGAAAGUUUAAAUUCA